AUGAAGAACCUGAAGCAGUAUACACAGGACAUGAUGAUGGCAGCCUAUAAAGCAGUUAAGGAAAACCAUAUGAAAGUGGACAGAGCUGCUGUGACAUUUGGUAUUCCAAAACAAACAUUAAGGAACAGGGUUCUAAACACAGUGAAUGUUAAUGUAAAGUGGGGUAAGGAUUCCUUGUUUGCAUUGGACGAAGAGGACCUGCUGGUAAACCAUAUUAAAUCACUGGCACAGGUGGGAUAUGGUCUAAAUCGCGCACAGUUGAAUGUUUUAGCCAGUGAACUUGCAGUGAAGCUUGACAGGCGUAAUUCAAAUGACAAGCUGAGUAAUGACUGGUACUAUAACUUCCUUAAAAGAUGGGAUCAUAGACUUAAGAUAAUUAAACCAAGGGCCCUUUCAUCCACCCGUGCAGCAGCAGUGACCCAAGAAAACAUUGACAAUUACUUUUGUGGGUUGAAUGCGGUCCUUGAAAAGUAUGGUCUCAAAUCAAAAUCUCAUCUCAUCUACAACCUUGCCGAGACGAGAAUUCAACCGGAGCACAGGCCAUCAAAGGUUAUAACUGGUGUUUCUGCAACUAAAACGCAAGCAGUAACCUCACCAAACACAGGCACCACUACCAUAGUAGCCUGUGUAAAUGCAGCAGGUACUGCUAUACCACCCUACUAUAUAUUCAAAGGGAAACGGCCCAACGACAUGUUAAUGACAAAUGCAACAGCUGGUGCAGCCUACACCAUGUCAGACUCUGUGUGGGUGAAUGGUGAAGUUCUCAUGAAGAACCUCAAUGAACACUUCUUGAAAUUUGUGCAAAGAGGAUCUGGCGACAACAUUGAACCCAUCUUGUUGAUUUAUGAUGGUCAUUCAUCUCACGUGUCUCUUGACAUUGUAAAGUGGGCCAGUCAGCACCAUAUGGACGAUGGUGCUGUAGCUGUUGAUGUGAUCACAUCGGGAUUGAAGGGGUAA